AUGGAUUGGCGGUUAUGGAUCGAGCUUGAAUCAUGGAAACGAUUGAUAGGCGGCAUAUUCAUCGAAAGCACGUUGACAAUGGUCAUAUACGAAGUUAACCCGGGGUUUCACGCAACUCAAGACUUGGACAUCCCAGUGUACAGCGAUGAAAUCCUGUGGAAUGCGGGGUCCAUUGAUGACUGGAGAGAAACAUACAACAGCAUCGGAACGAAGAAAGAAAGCAGGCGCCACACCAUCAAAGAUGUCCUAGUGGACAUUUUACUCGAAGGGAAGUAUCACGCGAACACCAUGCCUUACCACGUAUCGCCACUCACCGCUCUCGUUGCUGUACAUGCGCUGGUGGUACACAUGUGGCAGCGGUUCCAAGUAUGCCAAGCGCUCACAUCAACAACUUCGUUGUUUUCUUCCAGCUCUGAACAUGACCCCCUCAGCUCAUCAUUGCUGAGAAGCGCCAUGCAGUCUUUGACUCGAUGCCAUGAUUUCCUACAAGGAGUCAGGAGUGAGCUUCCACAUGCGGAUGCUGACGAGCAUGAGAAGGACCAAGAAUGCUCGCUCGUGUUCAACUGCCAAGCUAUAUUGCGCAUUGCUUACACCCGCAUUGCUGGCCCUUCGAUCAGAAUUAGCCUCAUGAACACAGAUGAUGCAGAUAUGGACGCGGCAAUAUCUUCAUUUGUGACUGCAAAAAUGGAACGCAGCCCGCAACUACUCGAUAUCAUUUCAAAAUCUUUCGAAGGCUUCAAGAUCCCAGUCAAAAUUGGUCACUUGCUUGUACGAAAGACAGCAGCAUUUCGUUGGAGCGUGGAGCACGCAGUAGCAGGAUGGUCAAGCGCAAUUCUUGUGUCCAAAUGGGUCUAUUCCAUAGAGAUUGGUGUCUUUGCUGGCAUACAGCCGACUGCGGCCGAAAGCAAGCUACUUACCACCAUCAGAGAGGCUCUCGAAGAAGCAGAAUGCGAACUGAGUGAAGCUUCGUGCUUGUCGGCGGCCGUGGCUAAGACAUGGGGUUGGUUCAUGCACGAUGUCUGGAUCUGGGGCAUUACGCCUCGCAUGGGAGAAGCACUCAAUCGUCUGGCAAUUGCGUACACCCGUAUAAUUGAUGCAGCCAAAGGCCAUGUGGUCGACCGUCCACCGCUGUGCUUGGGCAGACUGGAAAGUAGAGACGGCUUUGAAAGCAUUUAUGUAGGCAGUCGUGCCAGCUGUAAUCUUUGA